CAUUACAUAAAAAAGAAAUGCUUUUUCUCUUUGUUUUUAUGAAGUGAGAAUCAUUUUGUUGGUCAUAUGUUUUAUGGACAGUUUCAUCUGACUGAAGGAGGAGCGAGUGCACAGCUGUAUUUCACAAUGCUAUUGACAGUGGAACUUUCGAGCCGGACUUGGGACUUUAGGGAGUGGCCACAUUUGAGUAAUGUCCUCCAAGAGUGAAAAUGGGGAUUAGGAUUGGUCUGUCCACCAGGCGUCUUGGGGCUUGUGAUUGGGCAGCCCGUUACCCUUCCUGUUUCUGCUUGGCCUUGAGCCAUAUUCUGAUUUUUGUGUGUGUGUGUCUGUCUGAGUGACUGUGUGAAUGAGGAAGUGUGUGUGUGAGAGGUUUAGUUUGGUUCUGCUGAGUUGUCUGUUAUUCAGUCAUCUCACUAGUCACAUGCUUUUACAGUGAGGCUCUCGGAACAGACCAUGAAACCUGCAGACUCCAGUUCUGAUUGGAAGCUUGUGUCAGAAUGACAGCGGAAGACUCCGCCUCUGCCGUCACCAUGAGCAACUCCAGCCCCUCUUCCAAUUCUAAUCCAGCACCCAAUCACUCAGGCCACCCUGGUUCCAUCCCGGAGGGUGUGGCCGGAGCCCCAAACGAAGGAGCUUUGUUGGCCCUGAUGGAGCGGACUGGCUACCGGAUGGUGCAAGAAAAUGGACAGCGCAAAUACGGCCCACCUCCUAGCUGGCAAGGUCCCUCCCCUCCACGCGGAUGCGAGAUCUUCGUUGGCAAGAUCCCUCGUGAUGUCUACGAGGAUGAGCUGGUGCCUGUUUUUGAGACAGUGGGGCGAAUCUACGAGAUGCGUCUGAUGAUGGACUUUGAUGGGAAGAACCGUGGCUACGCCUUCGUCAUGUACACACAGAAGCACGAAGCCAAGCGUGCCGUCCGAGAGCUGAACAAUUAUGAAGUGCGCCCGGGACGGUUGCUGGGCGUCUGCUCCAGCGUUGACAACUGCCGCCUGUUUAUAGGUGGGAUCCCCAAGACAAAGAAACGGGAGGAAAUCCUGGAGGAGGUCUCUAAAGUGACGGAAGGCGUGCUCGAUGUGAUCGUGUACGCGAGUGCAGCAGAUAAGAUGAAGAACCGUGGCUUUGCUUUCGUAGAGUACGAGUCUCAUCGUGCAGCUGCCAUGGCCAGGAGGAAACUCAUGCCUGGACGCAUUCAGCUCUGGGGUCACCAGAUCGCAGUCGACUGGGCCGAACCAGAAAUCGACGUUGACGAGGACAUCAUGGAAACGGUGAAGAUCCUGUAUGUGCGUAAUUUGAUGAUCGAGACCAGUGAGGAGAUGCUCCGUCAGACCUUCAGCCAGUUCAACCCGGGCUGUGUAGAACGCGUAAAGAAAAUCCGCGACUAUGCCUUCGUUCACUUCACCAGCAGGGAGGACGCUGUGGUCGCCAUGGACAACCUGAACGGCACGGAGAUCGAGGGUUCGUGCAUAGAGGUGACGCUGGCCAAGCCGGUGGAUAAAGAGCAAUACACUCGCUAUCAGAAGGCGUCCAAGGGAACCGUGGCCCUGGCCAGUGGCGACAGCACACAGCAGAAUUACGUGUAUCAAUGCGAUCCCUACACACUCGCUUACUAUGGCUACCCUUACAAUACUCUCAUCGGACCCAACCGUGACUACUUCAUCAAAGCAGGUACUGUAAGAGGCCGUGGCCGAGCCGGAGCCGGUAACAGGGGCCCAGGGCCCCGUGGCUCUUACCUUGGUGGUUACUCAGCCGGCCGAGGCAUUUACAGUCGCUACCAUGAAGGAAAGACCAAGCUGCCGGACAAACCAUAUGAGCUCAUGCCCAGUCUGGAGCUGGCAGCUGUUAACCCAGUGGGCAUUAAGCCUGGCACAAUGGCUCUGCCAGCUCUAGGUACACAGUACCCUGCUGUAUUCUCUGCUGCUCCUGCUGCUACUAAGCUGGUGGAAGAAGGAAAGAUGCACCCAGUCAACCCACUGGCCCUCCAGCAUGACCCUACAGCUGCUACUGCCACAGCUGCAGUCAUCCCUGCUGUCUCCACGCCUCCACCCUUUCAGGGUCGUCCCAUCACACCUGUGUACGCAAUGGCUCCUAACGUCCAGCGGAUCCCAGCAGCAGCUGCCGGUCUAUAUGGUGCUGGCUACAUGCCCAUUGCCACCCAUGCUAACACGGCUGCCCUCGCCGCCCUGCAGAAGAAUGCAGCUGUGGCAGCAGCAGCUUAUGGAGGCUAUGCCGGGUAUGUGCCCCAGGCCUUCCCUGCUGCUGCCACCUUCCAGAUGCCCAUUCACGACAUCUACCAGACCUACUGAGACUACCCACCAUUAACCUUUGACGUGCGUCAGUCCCACUAAGCAAAACAACCCAAAACUGCUGAGCUACACCUUCUUAUGACGUACAUGAAGUCUACUGACCAAUCACCUGCUGAAAAAGGCCCAAGACCUAUUUCAAAUGACCCCGAAAAAGUAACCUAAACCAACAACUACUCAAGAUAGCUGUCCCAUAUGACCAUAUAUUGCACAGAUCAAAAAGUGAGGCAACCAAACCUACUAGCCUACAUUUUUAAGCCCAGAGGUUUUGGCUAUGUUCUUGCACUCUGUCAGACCUACUGACCUAUCUUAAUCUACUGACACAUUGCUUACUUCAGGCAUCACUGCAAAAAGCACUGACCCAGACUUCCGUAACACUGGACUGGCUGGCCUUGAGCUACAUCAAACCUGAAUUACUGUAUCUUCUUUGUAAUCCAACCUAUGACUGACUAUCCUUAGACCCAAACUAACUGACCCAGACUGUAAGCACAAGUGUGGCCUGCUGAUAUCAGUGUGAGUGCUACUAAUGUUCAUCUCUCUGAAGGACAUCCUCAAACCUUUUGUGAUACCUCCUGAAGCAUCUCAUCUCCUACAAUGUGACCAGUGUCCAGCCCACCUCUCCCUCCUGACAUAUCCAUUACCCUACAAACAAAGAGCCAAAGUUUUAUCACUCUUUCUGUGGUUCCAAUAUUUCUCCUGGAACGAUUCAUCCAGACUGAGUCUGCAGGUCUUAGCAAGCUUCUAGUGCUUAAGAAAAGCUUGGGCCUAUGAUAAAUGUAAGACUGUCAAAGAAAAGAGGCAUGACUAGUCCCAUGUGCAAAUAGUUGGUGAGAAAUCUGAGUGCUAAAACCGAAUCAAGCAGAAUCAAACAUACAGACACUCCAGCUACCACCAGACAAUCUGAACCUCCUUGAGGCUCAGAGUAUCCCCAACACGUCUCCAGGUGUCACUUGUCAGUCUCCAAAAAGAAUACUGAAGGAACGUUAUUGUAUUUAUGAACCUCACACACAAAAAUACAGCUUUUUAAAUUUCUCUCUAUGCCAUUUUUUCUGAGGAAAAGAAAAAUAUUGCUGAAAAAAAAAUCUUCAAAUGGGCAAAAAAAGAAAAAAAACAACAACUUAGAACUUAACUGCUGAGCAGAAACCUAAUCGACCACUGAAGAAAGACAGUUCAAAGUAUUCCACGAGUUUUUAACACACAAACGGGACUCGUUUUCUUGAAGAAGCCACCAUCUGCUGUGUAGGUUGUCUGACUAUGAGUCUAAAUGAUAACACCUAAAUAACGACUUUAAACCUUUUUUUUUCUUUUAUGUUUUAUUGUGUAUUUGUUGUUAACUAAUACUUGUAACUUCUCUGUUUAGUUCACUGUUAUUUGAAGGUUUUGAGACAAAUGUUUUAAUGUGUGGACUAUUUUGACAUGUCAGACUUAUAUUCUUGUAAAAUUGGAAGAGAGAAAUAAUGAAAACGCAACACGGGAACACAGACGAUAAACAGCCAUUACAUUUAUAACACAUACACUCAGUAGAUGAAUAGAGCGUGCUAACUCUCAGAAGCAGGAUGCAAUACCUCCAUCGACAAAAGUAUUUUCAAAGACGUGUUCUGUUUUCGAAGAGUUUUUUUUUGUGUUGGAUUGCUGUCCAGGAAUGGAGAACUUUUAGAACCAACACUGCGUUUUGUGUUGGCGGGGUAGCUCUUCCGUGAUAUUGCGUUGUGAAUGUACUGACUAGACUGAAGAAAGUUAUAGAGCUUAUUUGAAAUAGGUGGCAGUUCGAUAACAAGUGCCAUUAUGUGCCAUUCAGUUUGUCCUCAGACUACCAAACUGACUGUGGCCAAAUUUGACCUUGUCUGAGCACUUUUUGUGUUUUAGACUACUGUGACUAUCCAGUCUUAAUCUCCAAAUUUAGACUAUUUAUCUUUUGUGAAACUGUAAAAAAAAGUGCCACUGAACUCCAUUUUAUUGGCUCAUCUGCAAACCAUACACUUGAAACAGUGUCCAUUUGAUAGAAGAAUGUCUAUAUUGUUUAUUUCGCUUGUUUGCGUUAGGUUCUUUUAUGCGUAUUUUCUGAAUUGAACAAAUAUGACCAGGAUUUUUUUCCCCACCAUUCUUGUCAUAGUAUGUUCUGUGUAUGGCUUUCCGUCCAUGUUUUGUUUUCUUUUUGUUUCCGUGUGUUUUUCUCCCUUUAACACUCCGCAUAGUACCAUGUGUAGUGGAUUUUUUUGACAUUAUAGUGAGGUGCACUUAAACAUAUAUUAAAGUGGGAGAGUUGCAUGGACCAUGUAAACACAACUAAAAUGCAAGUGUCUUAGAAGUUUAUGUAAUGUGUACAUGCGUGUGUCCUGGACUGGCAAACUUUUAUUGUACUGUGUUAUUUCAUUUGAUCUAUUCUCCUGGAGAAUGAAUGGGACUAAACUGGAACCAGGGAGCUCAGAACCCUGCUAGAAAACCCAGCACAGGCACCAACCAAACCAGCAUGUGUUGUGUUUUGGAUGCUGUUAUACUGGUCAACCAACAUGCCCAUGCUUGGUGACCGGCUAAACCAACACCAGGCCAUCGCUAGACCAGCAUGGAAUGCAGCUGUUUCUUUCAGCAGGGAAACAUCUACAGCUAUUAUAUUUCUAGGAUGCAUCAUUAUACUGUCCCUAAGGCUGCUGCAUGUUGCCUAUGUUGAGAUUUUGUCCAGCUAGUUUUUAAUAGUCUCUAGCUGUUAGUGAGACGUUGCUAGCUGCUAGAAACUAGCCAGCUGUUGAAUACAAGUAACUAGUAACUAGUGAAUUAGCAACCAUGAGCUUGCAGCUAGCAGCCAGUAACUAGCAGCUGCCAACUAAUAAUGUUAUGUUUGACGUAACUCCAAAAUAAGAAGCUCAUAAAUAUCUGGCAUGUUUAAGCUGCAAAGUGGAUUGUUAGCGACAAUCUAGCCAGCUAACGUUAGUUAUAUAAGCGAUAGCUUUAUCAAAUCAUGAUGUGUUCUCUGAUACUAUAGAUUUAACCAACUUAUUUUAAAUUAUUGUUGCAGGAGCAGCCACGUCGAUUUGCUGAACUCAAAAUCGGGUUCCUGACUUGGAAUUCCCAUUUGAGAAACCAUUUUCUUGAUUUUUCCAAGUCACAGCUUGGAAAUUCCCAAUUAUGAGCUGUAGUCAAACGCAGCACAACUACCAGUUAGCGAUUAGCAACUAGUAGCCAGCAGCUAGUGAGUUGUAACUGUAGGUGACCCCAAAGUCAGCGAGUGUCACUCAUUUCUCAAGUGUUUUACUAAUGACCACUGGUCAAUGAAUGUGCGAGUGUACACGAGGGAUUAACCUGUACUUGUAGGGGAUCCUUUUUUAUUUAAACUCAGUAGUGCCUUUGCCACCCACUGGAAUUUCUAGAUGGUUCUAUGACAUACCUGUGCCUGCAUGCUUACUCAGUAGAUUGUUAUAAAACCUCAUCUAGCAAUGACCAGUUCCUGUGUUCCUAAGGACUGUGCUAUGUCACUAAUAUAUCUUCCCUGUGAAUGCGAAGAGUAGCGUGGUCAGCAGAGGAUGCUUCCUUCCUCUGUUCUUCUCCCCUUCCAUUUUCUCCACUGUUUCUAUGCUCUCUAUAGUCAAGGUGAAGGAUUUUGUGUUUUUGUUAUAUUGUUUUCCUGCGAGUUAUUUUUGGUUUUUGGAGUGAUAGAGUUGUGCUGCUUCUAGGGUGUUUUUUGUUUGUUUUCUCUUUUUUUUUGGCUUUAGCUUGUUAUUGUUCUGAAAUAUGGUGUUUUAUUGAGUAUAAACUGUGUGUUAAGACUGAGCGACAUUUGCAUUGGGAAAGCUACUUAAGGUUCAGUCCAUGGCCAGAUAAACAACGCUUCUGCUAGAGGAGACCUAAAACACUCAUGAAAGCAUGCACCCUCGUUUGCUCACUGAACUUGGUGGAACCUCAUAGUUGCCCCCAAGUGUGCAUGCAAAAGUUAUGAUCACACUCCCCAGAAUGUGUCUUGCUGGUCCUUAAGCUGAGCUUCCCUUUCUGUAGGGUUCUUUUUGUCUCUUUAGAGUCUUUUAAUAUGACCUAAAUGUCAGGAUAUAUUUAAUAUAUAUAUGCAUUGCAUUGUAUUGUGUAUGAAGUAAGAAGAAAUGCUAUAAUAUAUUUGAAGUUAAACAUUUUUUUCUUCCUUUAUAUGCGCCUUAUUUAGACAGUUUUGCCAAAGUGUUCAAUAGUGUGUGAACUGGUGCAAAAAAAAAAAAGAAAAAAUGGAAAAAUACAGUUUUAUUUGUGUUUUGUUUUUUUUUCUGCAGAUUUACUGGAUACAGCUGGCCAGUUUUAACUGAAUACUGACCCAAAAAGGGCUCAUGUGUUCACCAAAAACAAUUUGCUUCCUUUCACAAUCAUUUCAUUAACACUACAUAACGUAGUUUUUAUUAAAAGACUAUUUUUUUCUUGCUACUUAACGAACAAGAUGUUGAUGGUUGCAGAUAUUUUAGAGAUAGCCAAAAUAUUUCUAACCGUCUCUUUGUAGGUCUUUUUUAGAACUGUUUUCUAUCAUGCAAUAUUUGUAAGAGGCUUUUUGGCAUUGUUGUAGGCUAUUUAUAGUGGUUCUGUAGCUGAAUAAAGCAUUUUCAAAAACAGGA